AUGAUUGUGGUAUUUCAGUUUCUUAAGGCUUUCUUCCUUUACUAUAUUUGGUUAUUAGAGUGUAUUUACUGCUUAACUAGUGUCGGUGUUACAAUUAUGACAUCAAGUCCUAAAUCAGCUUUAGGACUUCCUACUAAAUUAGCUCCAUAUCGAUCUGACACAGUUUACCCGGCAAAUGCUUUAGUCAACUCAUCUACAGAAGAAAUAAAACUGCUUGCUUUGGAUGUUGUAGUAAAAUGGAAUAAAUGUAGAAAACUUCGUGUAAGAGAACUGAUGUAUGAAAAGACAAGAAAAUGUCACCAAGCAAGAUUUUAUAUAUCAGACAAAAAUGUUUGUCUUGCUCAGAAAGACACUAAGCUUUGUUAUUGCGAAGCCACUAUUUUCAUCAAGCAAUACGUCAACAACCCUGAAGUAGUUUUAAUUUGUAUGACUAAAGAUCAUACCAACUAUGUUUCUGGUGACGCUUCAGAAAUUAGAACAUUGCUUUUACCUUCUGAGGCCAUCAAAAUUAUUGAAGAUCAGUUAAAAGGGGGCAGAACCUGUAGAAAUACUAGAGUUUCAGUUUUGAAACAAAUUGAAGAGUGGGGUAUAGACAUUAGAAAGUCUAAUUAUAAAGACAUCUAUAACAAAAUGAGAAAGAUGUGUGAAGAAUACUAUAAGAUAGAAGUUAUUUAA